UAACCGCCCCCACCCCUCUUCACUCCUGAGGUCUCGCGAGAGAAGCAGCGCCGCCAUCUUCGAUGAGGGCAGUUCCGCCCGCUCCUCAGAGCGCUCCGCGUUCCCUCCUAAAUCCAGCCGGGAACGGCGGAAUUAAUCCACCUGGAAAUGGCGAGAUGGAGCCUGAAUCCCCUGGGAUGGAGCCUAAACACCCUGGGAUGGAGCCUAAAUUGCCUGGGAUUCAGCCUAAAAAGCUCCCAAAUCCAGUCUGUUGUUUCCCAUAGAUUAGGGCAGUAGAGGUGAGGGGCGGUUCGGUGACGUCACAUAGCCCCGCCCGUUUCCGGCGCCUCCCGAUCCCGCUCGGGCAUUUCCGCGCGCCUCUGCCGGGGCCGGUUCUGGGCCGGGACCGGCGCCUGUCCUGGGACUCGUUCGCCACCGGAGCGUCCCCAGAGCGUCCCCGCUGGGUCCCGAGUGAGCAUGGCGUUCCGCCAGCUUCUGGAGGCUCUGGUGACCGUGGUGGCCACCCUGGGCGAGGUGGCGGCCACCGUGACCGGGUCACACAGGGGCGUGCGGCGGCGCGUGUCCCCAAAGUUCCUGCCCGCGGCCCUGAGGAGAUUCACCCAGAGCCUCCGUGAGACCCUGGACCACGGCGAUGUCACCUCCCUGGGCCACCGCGGUGUCCUCUCCCUGGGCCGGGCCCUGGCCGCCCUCGGGGCCACCCCUGGGACCACCCGGGACGAUGUGAGAGCCGCGGCCAGGGCCUGGCGGGGGUUGGUGGCCGCACUCGGGAAGCGCUGGGAGCAGCUGAAAGAGGAGGCCGCCGAGCUGUGCAACACCUGCUGGGACGCGGCCCCCGCCCGGGCCAGGGACCUGUGGUUCAAGGCCACCUUCUGUACAACAGUUUGGGACAACCUGGAGGCCACAGCCUGGUGGCCGCCGGUGACCCUGUGCAAUGACGAGGGGGCCUCGGCAGGGGCCGUGCAUGAUGCCCACGUGGCGGCGGCCAGCAGCGAGGAGGAGGCGGCCACCAGUGAGGAAGAGGAAGCUACCAGCGAGACCAUGGACGAAGCUGUGGUGGCCACCAGUGAGGAAGAAGCUACCAGCGAGACCAUGGACGAGGCUGUGGUGGCCACCAACCGGGCCAGGGCAGCCACCAGGAGGGGACAUUGGGCAGUGGUGGCCCUGGGGCCACUGAAGCGCUUGGUGGACGUGUUUGGCAAAGCCGUCGAGUUCACCUGGGUCAUGCAUUACCAGCUCGAGGAGAUCGAGGACACCCUGCAGUGGACAGAGGAGUUGUUCCCUGAUGUCCUUGAGGACUUGGUGGCCGAGGCGGCCAAGUUUGAGCGGCUGUGGGAUGCCAGCGCUCACCUGGCCUCACAUCACCUGCUGCCAACACUGUGGGAUAUCCACGCCCUCCUCUUGAGUCCCUAUGGUGGCCCUGGUAGCCCCGGUGGCCUGGGUGGCCCUGGUAGCUGUGCAGUGGGCGAACGGUGCCAAGAAGCCAUCGAGGACAUCCCGAGGCUGCUGCAGGGAUAGUGAUGUCACUGCUGUGUUGUCAUCGGUGCAGUGAUGUCACUGGAGAGACUUGUGGACACUUGAGUGCCACCAGCUCCUUGAGUGCCACCAGUGCCUCGUGUCCCCAAGAGCCCCUCAAGUGCCACCAGCUCCCUGAGUGCCACCAGCUCCUUAUGUU